GAUCAUCAACUUCUGAAGACACCAUCGCUGUCGACGGUGAGGAAGAGCCGAUGCCUCUGGUGAUCGGAGAAGAAGAUGAAUCUGAAGAGAAUAAUGAAGAGUUUGAGGAGAUUCCGAUGGAGGAAGAAAGGUUCGAUGACGAUGGAGAUUUUGAAGGAGUUUUUGAAGUUGAACCUGCAGAGCUGCAUAAAGAUUCUAACGACGCUGAUGACAGUGGUGAUGAGGAUAAGGAUGAGGAGGAGUCGCUGUCUUUGAUGGUCAGAGAAGAAGAGAUGAAUGAAGAGUCUGAGGUUAUUUCGAUUGAUGAAGGACUUCAUUCAUCUCUUCUUCUCCGGCCAUCAGAGACAGCUGCUCCUCCUUAUCUUCAUUCUCGAUAUCAUCUGCGUCUUCAGAAUCUUUAUUCUACUGAGUAG